UGUUUAAGUGAAUCAUGAUAUUUUAAGUACAGUCAUAUAACUGUAUAUACUACAUGAAAGCAUUUUAACAAGAUAUCAUGUCAUUGGAUCUAAGCAGUCUCACUCUACCGGCUCCUGACUCCUGGCUUAUUCAAGGAACAGAAAAAUCGAAAUAUGAAAAAAUAUUCGAAAGUCUUGGACCUGUCAGUGGAAAGCUUUCAGGGGACAAGGUACGACCAGUGUUAAUGAACUCAAAACUCCCCGUGGAUGUUCUUGGCAGAGUUUGGGAAUUAUCCGACAUAAAUAAAGAUGGUUUCCUUGAUAAAGAUGAGUUUUGUGUGGCCAUGUACUUAGUGUACAGAGCUAUAGACAAAGAAGCAGUUCCCACCACUCUACCAAACAAUCUCAUCCCGCCAUCCAAGCGAAGUUUUUCAUCAAUCCUUACACCUUCUACAUUGGGCCAUAAGGAGAAAGUUUUACCAGGUGCAGUAUCAGUGUUGCCGCCAAUGCCAUCCUCCCCACUUACUAGUGUUAGUCGACAUGCGAGUGUUUCUAGCACGGCAUCACCAAAACACACUCCAGCUGCACAGAGCAACCAAGUACCACCACAGUGGGUUGUAAGUCCGGCAGAUCGAACGAGAUUUGCAGCGAUUUUUCAACAAAAACGUGAACCUGAUGGUUUAAUUGGUGGUGCCACAGCACGAGACGUGUUCUUUCAAAGCAAUUUAUCACACCCUAUUCUAGCGCAUGUCUGGGGACUUUGUGAUCAAAACCAAGUUGGCCGUUUAACUCAGGACCAGUUUGUGCUUGCUAUGCAUUUAAUAUCACAGAAAGUUAAAGGCAUUGAAUUGCCCACUCAACUAACACCAGAGAUGAUAAACCCUUCAAGUCAGGAUUCUGGAUAUGGGGACACUGGCAGUUUAUCAGAUGCCAGCAGUGGAGUUGGCGAUUCUGCAGCCAUGAGAGAGCUUGAUGCAUUGAACCAAGAAAUUGAGGAAUUACGUCGCGAAAAAGAAUCACUAACUGCCGAGAUUCAACAAAAAGAAUCAGCCAUUCGAACUGCAAGUCAUGAUGUACAGGAGUUGCAAGACACUUUAGACCGCAACAGCAGCUCACUCGCGCAGUUGGAAUGUGAUAAAUCAGAAGCACACACGAGGUUGGACGAAUUAGACCAACAAAAAAACAAACUCGAUUCAAUGCUGUCUGAUGUGAAGCAAAAGGUUCAAGAAGAAACUGAAAACAUCAAGAGCUUACGUGCCAAGAUCUCCGCACAAGAAGCCUCCGUUGGUCAGCAAGAGGUCGAGCUGAGAAGAGUGAGGGAUGAACUUGCCAAGAUGAAAAAUGAGGAGACACAGUUGGAGCAGAGGUUGGAGGCGGGGAAGCAGAGACAGAUGGGCGUGGAUCGCUCACUGGAGGAAGCUCAAACUGAAAUCAAGAAGGUACAGGGACAGAUUCAGAAAUUACAAGAACAACAGAAAAGUGUUGAAUCCAACAUUGAUCAAUAUGAUAAAGCUGUUGUUACUUUGAAAAGUGAAUCGAAUUCAGAUUUCUCCCUUGACGCCUUUACGUCAACAUCCCUUAACAACAUGGCAAUCAGUGAGAGUGUGUUCAGUAUGGGGGCAAUGCAGGAGAAAGUUGAUGAUAUAAAGAAAGAUAUCAACGAGGAUUUGUUUAAACAAGAUAAUAACACUGACCCGUUUAAAUCAUCUGAUCCAUUUGCUGAGAGCGAUCCUUUCGGAGGAAGUGAUCCCUUCUCCUCCGCAACUCCUCCCGCAUCCGUGGAUCCUUUCGCGGGAACUGAUCCUUUUGCAUCCUCAGGAAGUCCUCUCGACGCAACAUCUUCCUCCAAUGCAUCCGAUCCUUUUAAAACCUCCGGACUUGAUUUUGCUUCCGAGGCUUUUGUGAAGCCUUCUGAACCUCCAACUGAUGACCCUUUCGCAAAAACUUCGGAAGUUGCAGAAAAUGAUCCUUUUGCUGGACAAGAUCCAUUUGCAACCACUACAAGCAGUGCAUUUGACACGACUGUCUCAUCUUCUGCUUCUUCAUUUGCCCACGACCCAUUUGCAGGACCAGAUGUCUUUUCAACAAAUGAACAAAUUAAAAAACCAGAUACUUCUACUGGUCUUGGUUCUAAGUCAUCUUCCAGUGCUGCUCUUACAUUUGAUUCUGGUUCAUUUGCUGCAGCAUUUUCGGAAACUGGCAGCACUGGUAAGGAUGAUUUCUUCAGCAGUGCUUUCCCUACUUCAACUUCUACUGAGUCAAAAUCGGGGUCAACUGAUCCAUGGGGUUCAGCCUUUGGUGGGGGGAGUUCCCCAGCAGUUGGGGGCGACCCAUUUGGUGGUGAUUCGUUCACGCCCCCUGCUACCUCUGUGGGGUUUGGAAAAUCUGCUUUUGAGGCCGAUUUUUCAUCUAUGAAGACAGAAAAGUCGAAAACGGAGCAGAAAAAAGCUCCUCCCAGGCCAGCUAAGCCUGCAGAGAUGUCACAAAAGAAAGGACUAUCAGAAGCGGAGCAGCUAAAAUGGGCUCAGGAGGAGAGCAGAAAAGCAGAGGAGGAUAGGAAGAAGAAGUUGCAACUUCAGGAACAAGCCGACCUCGAACUUGCCAUCGCGCUCAGCAAACAAACAUAGAAAUAAUGUAAUGAAAGAUAAAGUAGAUCAAACAUUGCCAGCAGUGCUUCCAACUUUAACUUGCCUCGCUUAUUCUCACACACGUCCAUGUGGUUUUUGUACAAAAUAUGAGAGAAUCAGUGAUGCAUGAAUUUUAUGCACAACUUUACGGUCCAACGAACAAGUUGUCUACAAAAACAUCCGGGAGUAUUUUUGUCAUAUACGUCAUUCAUAUUUGGCAUUCAUUUUCAUAUUUAAUAUUACAGUCCCUCUAUCCAAUUUUAGCAGACACAUAAAAAGUUCUGUCAUAUCCUGACUUGGAGUACAGCAUAUAUACACCACAUAGCACAGAAUGUGGAAUUCUCGUUUAAAAAUUGCCGUGGCCCGAAUUUUCAGUGAUGUAAUUGCGCUGUUGUUUAUAUAUUUCUUAUUUUAAAUCGAUUAUAAUCUAUAUCUUUACUUUAUUGUACGCUACUCUCUUCCACUUUGCUUUCUUGAGAUUUUAAAGUAAAGAAAACAUCAGAUCUCAAUUUUCAAGACUCCAAAUGCAACUACCUGGCUUAAAAAUCCAAGACAUUUUUUUCACAUUUUGAGAAAGCUUUUACCCGACGAAAUAUUUUUCUACCAUUUUACCGAUGGCAUCUUUUUUGAGUCUAAAUAUUUUAUCAUCACAAUUGCUAUUGUUAUGUCAACAAUCUUAUAUGAACUAGUAACAAUGUUAAAAAGUGAUCUUGCUUGGUGGCUUGUAUCUCACUUGUCUGUUCAGUUGAAAUUUUGCAAUAAAAUCAUCAUCCAUUGCCAAAA